AUGCUCUCCGCCAAGAAGAACCGCGCAAACAAGCGCCACUUCGAUAUGUCUCAGGACGAGGAUCUGGCCAUCCUGGAUGAGCCGGUCUUCGACCUUGACCUGCCGAGCAGCGAUGCCGACUCCGAUGCCGACCUGCCGGUGGCCGCCCCGGCCAAGGGGAAGAAGGCUGCCAAAAAGGCAAAGAAGUCUGCCCCCGCCGAGGCUGAUGACGAUCCCUUUGAUCCUUCGGACAACUCGGACUCCGACGAGGAGGCCCUCUCUGCGCGUGCUUGGGGUAAGUCUCGCAAGGACUUCUACGGCUACGAUGAGAGUGAGACUCGCAAGCCCGCCUCCAAGAAGGAGGACGAUUUUGAUGCCGUAUACACGCGUUUGGGGUUGGGUCCUGACUCGCGACUGACCCUCGCCCCCGACACGCUUGAGGUCGACCCGGUGGACGUGACUCCGGAUCAGCUCCGGGCCCUGGUGCACCGCCACGCGCCGGAGCUGGCCGGGCUGAUUUCCGAGUUCCGGGACUUCCAUGAGGAGGCCAUUAGUGUGCUGAAGCCCGCGGUCGAUGCCAUGGCCCAGUCUACGGACGGCCCCUCCACUCCCAGCAUCAUUCAGGUGAAGUAUCAGAUUCUCCUCUCCUACCUGAUGAACCUUGGCUUUUACUUCCACCUCCGCUCGUCGAUGGAUGCCAGCUAUGUGCGCAUUCAGGAGCACCCGGUGGUUGAGCGCCUGCUGCAGCUGCGUCAGCGUCUGGAGAAGCUCGAGGCGCUGGAGGUGAAGUACGCCGCGCAGGUGAAGGCCAUCUACGCGGCGGCCACCAACACCGAGCUGGCCGCGCCGGAUGUCGACGACGAGGAGCUCGGCUCCAGCAGCGACGAGGAGGAUGCCGACUCGGCUUCCGAUGGCGCUGGCGACGAGGAUGAGGAUGCCCUGCUGACGGCCGACGAUCUGGACGAUGACCUGGACAGCGACGGCGACGAGGAGACCGGCGAUGAGGAUGACGACGGCGAGGCUGCGCCGAGGGGCUCGACUCGGCGCGGAGGCGCCCUGCGUAAGUCGGACUUUGUCCAGUUCGAUGACAGCGACAGCGAUUGA